UUUUAUUUUGAAGGCCAACCGCAAAUUCAACAAUUCUCACGAGCUUCAAGACUGCCGCCAACCAGGAAAUUCGCAAAAUAAACGUUCAUUUGCUGUUGCGAAACAGGCAGACAGAGCUGUCAGUUGAAGAAGUCGUAGCUAGACUACUUGUACAAUAAGGAAACGAAGACGUCAUGCAGCCCUCUAAAGACGUCUGUUGGUUCUUGACAAUAUGGAUGGUCCACCUUGCCGUCAUGGUUCUCACUGUUCAAGGUCAAAACUGCUCCAAACCCGUACCGUUAGAAGGGUCAAGCAUGGUUUUGACAUCAACUCAAGAGACAUUUGGAGAUGGAACAAAAGCAAGUUUUGAGUGUUCAACUGGAUAUAUCCGUGCAGGAGGGUCUCGAUCAGUCAUCUGUACUGCUGGCGUGUGGAGUACAGUGACACUGACAUGCGAAUUAAGGCCGUGUGGCUCACCAGGAGAAGUGAUGAACGGCCGAUAUAAUCUCUCAGGGGUUCUGUUUGGCGCCAGGGCUGUUGCUUUCUGUGACACUGGCUAUAUGCUUGUGGGCAGCGGUGUAAGGAACUGUUUGGUCGAUGGCUGGGAUGGCAGAGUUCCUGUAUGUCAAGUGGUGAAGUGUGGAAAGCCCCCCACCAUUGUCAACGGUGGACUUGUUAUCCCACCCGAUGAAGAGUACCACUAUAGAAGUGUUGUGGAAUAUAGCUGUGAGAAGGAAUUCACUCUGGUUGGAACUAAAUCCAUAGUCUGUGAAAAGGACGGAGUAUUCCAGCCAGCUCCACCGGAGUGUAAAAUGGUUUCAUGUCCUGCUCCUGUUGUUGAGAAUGGCGUUAGGAUUCAAGGUCGUCUGCCCCCCUACCAGCACAAGUCUUUUGUGACGUAUAAGUGCAACGAUGGAUAUAAGAUGAUGGGAGAGGCCAGUCUGACAUGUGAAAUAGAAGGCUGGUCAGCUUCUAUUCCCACAUGCAAAGAUCGCGUACCUGGUCCCCCUGAUGCUAAAAACCACACAUGGAAAAUAUUAGGGAGUGUCCUAGGCGUACUUGUCGUUGGUUGUAUUAUAGUAUUUAUAAUCUACAAAUAUAAAGCACGUACCAAGUCUUCUGAUUUGCUUUAGUCUCCUCUUGUAUCCUUGAGAAGGGAGUCACAGUGAACAUGCUGCUGUGAUUUAAUGCACUCCCCUCCUGCUUAUGAAUGCACCAGCCCCUCCCAAACACCGGGUUCAUAUCCUUUCAAAGGAAGUUCUAUUACGUGAUUGUUUAGAAACCUCAUGAUGAAGAAUGAAUUGGUUCACUCUCAUUUGGAAGCUUGUGCUUAAUGAGUGGCCAAACCUGAUUAUUCAAAAACUAUUUGUUUCCAGUGUACUUCACAAAUAUCUCUAUCUAAGCCUGCUUUAUCUCAUUGCCAACAUUCUUAGUUACAAUUCUCCCCUUUAGGGCAACCCUGCAUCACAAAGCCAGUUUUACACCCUUUGAAAUAAAGAAUUUGAAGGAAAUCAUAUUUAUUAAAAUGUCCAAGAUUCCCCUGUGUAUUUAAUAAUAAUAAUAAUAAUAAUUAUUUAUUUGGAUAGUGAAGCUAAAACUUGGCUCUGUACUGAAAAACAGCUUGUAGCCUACGGCUAUCAGACUCCUGAUCAGCCAACAACCAUCUCCUGUAGUUAGAGUAGUAAGUAGUACUCCUGGAGUAAGUAAGAGACAAAGAAAACACCCACAAGCUCAUACACGUAGUCGCCAUACUCACAUAUAUACACAUACAUACCAGUGGAGCCUCCUCAGAGGAGGAAGGGGAGGACCAUCCUUAGUGAAUGGAUUAUUUUUCAAAUAGAGACAUUAGAGGUCAUCCUCUUUAGAUAAAACUAUACUAAAUAUAUUCACACACUGUUUUGCACUGAAGGUCUACAGAAGCCCCAACAACACAAUGGUGUAGACUGAGGACAACUGCUUUCUGUCCUCUGGGUACAUUGACUUCCAUUUAUGAUAUGACGGUUUGCCUGGUUGUGAUUGAUGUCCACACGUGAAGGGAAAAGGUGAGAGGAGGAGCGUAGAUGCGAGAUGAUGAUAAUAAUCAAAGGGUUCGUGCUGUUUGUAUGUGGCGGCUAUGAAAAUCAACUGUUUGCGUGUGAUCAGGUCUAUUCAUUCCGACAAUUCUGUUUAAAAAAAAUUCUACGACGGAAGCAAACUGAACAAAGUGGGAAUAAACAUACCUGAAUUUGUUCAAUAUAAACUAUUUUGCAACUGUUGGACUAAUGAUCACAUCCUAGAUCAGCUAGAUGCAGGCAAGAGUGUGCAAAGCGGUGUUGAAUGUGUGAACCCUGUGUGUCCAUAUACUGUAUUCUUCACAUUGCUCAUUCUAAUAGAUCUACUGUGCGUUGCAUUUUUGCUACACUGUUUUGCACACUGCCUGUAUUUAUCAACUGAAUUCUUGACAUAGUUCACUGUAAUAAAUCUACUGCUGUACAUAUCAUUCUUAGUGUGUGUAUAUAUAUAUUGGUUUAUAUACACAGAUUGAAUUUGGAUUACUGAUUCGUGUUAUUUGGGUUGUUAACUGGAUGUCAUUUGUGAUUUCUUGUUUCAAAUUUGUUCUUAUUUGUGUACUUGCUUGACAUUUUUUUACAAGCAUUUCGAUGUACCUGCGAUAACAUCUGCUAAACUGUGUAUGCGACCAAUAAACUUGGAUUUGAUCUAUCUAGUCCCCCCA